AGCAGAUAUGGGAACAUGUGCUCAAAACUUCACACACAGAUUAAACAUUAAGCCUGGUGUCCCUCAAAGGGAGGAGUCUCUCUGUUGUCAGAAUACGUGUGUUUUACUCACACUGUUACAUCUGUCUGUGUGGCUGACUGCUGACCUGAUGGGAAAGAAACACAGCAUGAGAUCAAAUACAGGUCUGGUGGAAAUGAUAGGGUUGACAGAGAAAUUUACAUUUAAUCCUAAAGAGGGAAUAGACAACCCAGUGAUGGUCAUCACAGAUGAUGCAGACUCUGUGUCAACACCCAGGCCACGUCUGUGUGUUCUUAAACGAGAGGAAGGGGAGUCCUAUGGCUUCAAUCUACGGGUGGAGAGGGGCCGCCAGGGUCACAUAAUCAGAAAUGUAGUGACAGGAGGGGUGGCAGGGCGCAGUGGCCUUCAAGAUGGAGACAGGCUUCUGGAAGUUAACAACUGCUAUGUUGAUGACAUUCCUCACCCUGAGGUUGCCAGGAAGAUAAAGCUAAGUGGACACCAGUUGUGUUUAUUGGUCUUGGGUGGGAACGAGUAUGAGCAGGCUGUGUCCCGAGGUGAAGACCUCCGAGGUCUGGCCAAAGUGCACAAGGGCGAAGGCUGCAAACCACCCAGACUCUGCCACAUAACCAGGGAUCCUGUCUCAGGUCUGGGCAUCAACUUCACACCUGUGGAAGGAGAGAAAGGUCGCUUCUCUGUGAACCUGGCUACAGGAGGUGCAGCUGAAAAGGCAGGGGUGUGUAAAGGAGAUCACCUGGUGUGGAUGGAUGGAGCAACAGUGUCUGAUCUCACACACUCUGCACUCAGCAGGAUGAUGAAAAAAUGUGGCAAUCACAUCACCGUCCUAGUGAUCGACAGCGAGAGUGAGAAGAUCUACAUGCGAGAGAGGAUGCCCAUCCUGCCCACCAUUGCUGUUCCACUUAACCUGCCUUACAGAGCCAGAAAACACCACCUGGUCUCUGGAUCUGAGGGCUACGGCUUCCUCCUUCGACUGGAAAAGACGGCAUCGGGACGCACAUACCAUGUUCUACGUGAGAUGGACAGUGGCAGUCCAGCGGAAAAGGCAGGCAUGAAGGAUGGAGAGCUGCUGCUGGAGGUCAACGGAGAAUCCGUGGAGUCGCUGAAACAUGAAGAGAUUGUGGACAGAGUGAGACUGAGUGGAGGUCAGGUCUCCCUCACCACCAUCACUCUCCAGGGGCUGGAGUUUUACACCAAGUUGGGUCUAUCGCCUCUUCUCUUCUGUGAGAAUGAAGCUGAUGAGAGUGAAAAAGAAAGCAGCACACCAGCCUCUGUAGCUGAGCAGUCACCACAAAAGGAAAUUGAUGACUCCUGCAAACCCAGACACUGUUCUCUGCAAAAAGGCCCUUCGGGACUUGGCUUUAACCUGGACUGCGUCCCAAAGAGUCCUGGGACCUUUAUCAGCCAGGUGGCUUUUGGGGGCCCUGGGCAGAGUGCUGGAUUACUUGAGGGUGAUGUGAUAACGGAAGUCAAUGGACAAAACGUAGAGGAGAAAUAUCUGGAAGAUGUGAUCUUGCUGAUAAAGGAAGGAGGACAUUUUCUUUCCUUAACAGUCAUGCAUAAGACCAGCUACAAGUCGAAGCAGAGUGAUACACCCACCAGAGAUAUCACUGACACUGAGGAAGGCGACGAUUAUGAGAUAUCAGCUUUGUGAGCGACAAAGAUACCAUAUGCUGUCCAUACUGGAGAGACUCCAAACUGAGCUGAGCAAGAAACACAUGUCUAAAUUAUUACUAUAUUAUUAUAUUGGCUGAGACUGCCCUAAUCUAAUCUCAGCAUAUAACGAGUAAAAGUCAAAACAGAUAAAAUUAAAUAAAUGAAAACUGUAACUGUGUCAGUUGCACAAACCACAUAUGUAUUUUUGGUUCAGUAUUAUACAAACAGAGGCGUAGAAGAUUUAGUCUUCAUGAUGUCGAUCAGUUAAAAUACGGAAUAAAUUUAAAAGCUCCAUAAGAACCAUAAUCUGUACAAGCUAUAUUUCUUAUUGUACUGUGAUGAAUGGAACUGAGUGACUGUGUGAAAACACAAAUUACCAGCAAUAAUAAAAAUGUUCUGGUGAUAAAUGAAAAGAAAAGCACUGUUAUGAUCCUUAAAUAUUAUUUUUUUAAAGUGUUAAUUGUAUUGUUUUGAGUGUGUUAUGUAUACAUGAACCUGAUGUAUAAAACAUUACAUAUAAAAUGUUGUAUGUUUAUUGGGAAUGCAGCUGAUGGCAAAUAUUGUAGCAAUUAAAACUAAACUAAUCUUU